AUGGCUGUCUUCGCUAAAUUUCGCCUCUUUAAUCGGAGGCUUGCCCUCGCAAGCGCCUUGAUCGCCGUCUCCACAUUCAAUUAUGGCUUUGACAAUCAGGCCUUUGCGAGUACUCAGGCCAUGGACGCUUUUGACAAGCAGUUUGGCGUGUGGAACGAAGCGACGCAAACAUAUAUACUUGAGCCAUCUUGGCUCUCUCUCUUCAACAGCCUCAACUACAUCGGAUUCGCCGUCGGGGUCUCCGCCGGCACCACCAUUUCCUCUCGAUGGGGCCGAAGAUGGUGCAUGUUCAUCAUGAGCUGCUACGCUAUCGUUACCGCAACCAUUGGAGUGACAUCAACUCACCGGGAGCAAAUCAUGGCAGCUCGAAUCCUUAACUAUGUCUAUGUUGGGAUGGAGCUCGGUGUUGUGCCCACGUUUCAGUCCGAGAUUGUCCCGGCCGAUGCACGAGGAUUGAUGGUGGGCUCGUACCAGCUCAGUCUUGCCAUUGGUGGGCUUGUGAUCAACUCCGUUUGCUACGGAACGAGCGGAAUCCAGGAUAACAGGGCGUGGCGCAUCCCCCUUGGUCUCUUCUACAUUGUCCCAUCCAUCGUCUUGAGUCUCAUUUGGUUUAUACCCGAAUCGCCUCGCUGGUUACUUCGAAAGAACCGCGUCGAAGACGCAUGGAGCAAUUUCCGCAUGCUGCGAGAAGGCGCGUUUUCUGAGGAACAGAUGGAGGCCGAGUUUAAGGAGCUCCGCACCUCGCUGGAGCAAGAAGUUGAACAGGGCAAGUUUUCUGAGCUGUUCCGAGGCCUGAACCUGAAGCGGACUGCCAUUGCCAUUGGUGUGAACAUUUUCCAGCAAGUCGGCGGUCAGGCGUUUGUGUCUCAGUACGGUGCGAUUUAUGUCAAGUCCUUGGGCACCAUCAAUCCGUUCAAAUUCAGUCUGAUCACAUCCGGCAUCAACAUCAUCACCAUGGUCACAAUUCUUCUCUGGACAGACUUAAUUGGCAGAAGGUACCCAAGGAUUCUGAUGAUGCUUUCUUCCUGCGUUAUGACUUCUGCCAUGAUGGUCAUGGGAGGAUUGGGAAUCGGAUCUCCUGUAUCAACAGCCAGGAAGAAUGGCAUCAUCUCUAUGAUGGCUGUGUUUCCCUUGGGCUUUGCAAUGGGUUGGGCUCCGCUUACCUACGUCGUGGUAACUGAAAUAUCAGCGCUCCGACUCCGCGAUGUGACCUCGCGCGUCGGCUUCACAGUCAACGUGAUUAUGAACUUCGCCGUCAACUUUUCGAUCCCGUACCUAGUUUACGAUAAAUACGCAGGCCUGGGCAGCCAGGUUGGGUUCAUAUUCGGCUCGUUUAUGGUGGUGGCGACAGUUUUUGUAUACUAUUGCGUGCCAGAGUGCAGAGGGAAAACGCUCGAGCAGAUUGACUUUCUGUUUAACACUGGAAUGCCGAUCCGGGACUUUGGAAAGGCCGAUGCAGCUGCAUUGAUGCGUGCUGCGGCUGCGGAUAGGUUGGAUAAAGGUGAAGAUGCUGAUAUCGAGAGGGGAUCUACGGGGUAA